AUGAGAGUUGAGGAUACCUCCAACAAAACCCGACAAGGGAAGAUAUUCCUUUUGACAGGAGCCUUGAAGGCGCUACAUCCAAGGACACAAGAGCUCAUAACGCUUCGGAUACUCUUAGAUACGGGGGCAGAUCGAAGUUUCAUUGAUGCUAAGCUUGCUAAGGAACUUGAAUUACCUAGCCAAGGCUCUGUUACUAUGAAACUACAAACCUUUGCAGCAAAAACCACAAAGGAAAUCCAGUGCACCAAAACAUGUCUGAGUGUAUGGGACUCGGAAGGAAAGCAAUACAAACUUCGCGUAUACACUCACGACAACCUUACGAAGGGCUUCCCGCAAGGAAAGUUAGGGAAAGAAGACCUACAAUUCAUUCAUCAACAACAAAUAAAACUCAGCAGUCCAUGCGAGACAAACGCCAAACCUCCAGAAAUACUAAUUGGCUGCGAUCAACUCUGGAGCUUUAUCAACUUUCAAGCAGCACAUUCCACUCUGCCGUCUGGGCUCAUCCUCGUACCUACACGUCUAGGAUAUAUGAUUUCUGGACAACGUAUGAGUGAUAAAAUGCAGCAUGGAAAUGAACUUCACUUCACAAUACAUUACAUGGAAUCUCACGACUGUGAAGAUCCAUGGGAGCGUCACUGGAACAUUCAAUCUCAUGAUGUAGAAAAGGAGUUCUGCGGUCCUGAGAAGGAAGAAAAAGCUAACAUAAAUGCACAAGUGCUCGAAAACUUCAACAACACUAUAGCCAGGCGAAAUGCUGGUUAUGUUGUUCGACUUCCUUUUAAGGAAGAUCAUGAAUAUCUUCCAGACAACAAAGUAUUAGCGCUCCACCGACUGCGAAGCGUGCUUCGCAAAUAUCAACAAGAGCCACAUAUUCUUCAGCAAUAUCACAUCAUCUUUCAAGAUCAAAUUGCUGCAAAGAUCCUCGAAGAAGUGGACGAGAACAAGGACACAGUUGGGAAGAUGAAGCACUAUCUUCCACAUCAAUCCAUCUAUGACCCACUAGGAUGGUUCAUACCACUCCUUGUCAAAGCAAAACGUUUCCAACAAAUUCUUUGGAAGGAGCAGUAUGAUUGGGAUGAACCACUCAACGAAGAACACAGACGUCAGUGGAAGCUCAUUACAAUGAAAAUAUCCAACUUCCACAAAAAGGUGCCACGAAAGGUCACAGUCGACAACUCCGCACUUUAUACACUGGUAACCUAUUCCGACGCUAGUGGAAUUGCUAUGACAGCAUGUACCUAUCUCACUAGCCAAAGGGAAUCCAGCUUUCUUAUGGCUAAGUCUAAGGUUGCGGACAGUAAUCGACCAACCACCGUACCGAAACUCGAAAUAAAUGCCAUAACCAUUGGAGCACGACUUACUCUCAAUACUUUCCUAAGCUUAAAAUCCUCAAUAAGCAUAAACAACGUCAUUUUCCUAACCGACUCGGAAAUCGUCUUAAAUUGGCUGAAAGGUUCUCUUGAUCAUCCUAAAACAGGACCUUACGUCAAAAAUCGUAUACGCGAGACAUGCGAGAUACGCGACAUCGUACAGUCACUAAAGCGUAUGGAAGUCGGAGUGAAAUUUGGCUACAUCGACACGAAAUGGAAUCCUGCCGACAUUGGAACACGGGGAGCUUCCAAUCAUGAAUUCGUGUCUCAUAUGUGGUGGGAUGGUUAUUAUCUUGAGAAAAUUCUCAAUGACGGGUUUACAUCCACCCUCUUUUCCCUUGUUAAAGAUCCGGAAUUACAAAAUGACGAUAUUCUACUGAAUGCAGAAGCGAAUGUUAUAAAAACGCAUGCAAAUACUGACAAAGUCGAAGAAAUUCUUGAUCUGACAAGGUAUAAUACUAAAACCAAGCCGCUGAGGAUCUUAGCCUACGUGAUAAAAUUUCUGAGAAGGAUUACAACUCGUCUAAAAAGCCCGUUGCAGGAAAGGCUCCGAGAUUCUUUACCCUUCCUAGUUCGACAAGCAGAGGAUCAAGAGCUCACGGCUACCGACAUAUUCGAAGCGCAUAGCAUACUCAUAAGAAAUCACCAGCAGGUACACCUCCAUUCUCACUACAAAAAACAGUUGUCAAAAAACCUAAACCUGACGAAGGAUACAAGCGAAAGGGCUUCAACCUAUACCAGAAAAAGCUUUCGGCAAAAAAAGGAGCAUGCAGAGAAGGAGCGGAGCGAGCAACUAGAUGAACGAAGAGCCAGGAUCGAGGAGUUCCUCAGAUACAAUAGGGAAGUACCAGAAAGGAAAAUUAGACGUCUUAACUACAUGAGAUCAGAAGAACGCUUCCUAACAUGCUCAUUCUGUUUGGCCAGGGGAGAACAUUACUCAGACAGCUAUCCAGAGUAUGCAACUGUGGACACGAGAUCGAGAAGAGCACGGUGUGUCUUAUGUCUCGACAGCCGUCAUGACACGGAGCAUUGCUGGAGCAAGGGCAAGGCAUGCAUGUAUUGCGGCAGUACGCACCAUAACAAGGCCUUGUGUGCCCUGCCAGAGACGAUAAACAAGCGCCGUAAAGAGCUGGAAAAGGUGAGGGAAGAGCUGCAGACGCUCAGGAACCACCAAAACCGUCAACCAGGGCCCUCGAAUUCACAACACUGGGGGGGGGGGGGAGUGUCACAAACGUGA